GUUACUGUGAAUUGUGAAAGUGCAUUUUUCGUCCCGUAACUACGCACUUAAUAAAAAACCACCGAAUUUCGAACUGAAAGUUUGCUUCUUUCGUAUCCUAAUUUGGUUAAAAUUUGAUCAAAGUGACAGGGGCGGGACGGCACUUGUUGCUCGAUUGUUUUUGGUGUUGCAACAGUUGCAGAUCGGUUGCAAAAUUCUUCAAAGGCGAGUUGGCUUUCGCUGUGAGUUAAUUUCGUUCAAAUUCGUGGAACUGUACGUAGAAAUACGCAAAAAAUGACCGCCAACCCAUUUAACCAUUCGAUUUUCGUCCCCAAUUUGUGUUGAGUCAGCGCCUCUGGCGGACGAUGUGCUAACUAGAACGAAUACGUAGAUUCUUGAAAGUGGACGUGUGUGGCACAGCAUGAAGAAAAACGCGAAAUAUGGUGUAAUAGUGCGGCCCAAGUGAUCAAAUUUGGUUUCUAAUCGUGCAGAAGAUGCCUGUGUUUGCGUGCGAGGGUGUGAUAUGUGCCGGGCGGUGGUGAGGACACGAAAAAUCCGUUUGUAAACAAACUGAAUCGAGGCGGCGAUUCCAAGAUGGCUGGGUUUUGAAGGACCUCUUUGUCCGUAUGUCAGUAUGAAAGUUGAGCUGUUUGCCCAAGAAAGGAGGAUAGAGAGGGAAUGCAUGACAUGUUCAGCAGCAGCAGCAGCGGGGCGGUGCAAACAAAAAAACGUAAAUCAGAGCACUACAGCAACGUCGACAAUACCAUCAACAGCAACAGUACUAACAGCAAUCCAACAGCCGAUCCAUCUUUCGUGCCCCAAGAGUCAGUGUAUGCAGUGACUAAUUUUAGUCAAACUGACUUAAACAAUGCAAGUCCGAGUAGUCAGCAACCGUUUGUACGCGCAUCGACUAUCAAACUUAUAGAUACGUACCAGCGCUGCGGCCAAAAGCGUAAAGCCUGGUCGCAGGAAGGUAAUGGUGAUAGCGGCGAGGCUAUUUCCAAUACAGAUUGCAGCAGCUCAGCAACCACGACGGCCCACAGCAAGGUUACAGCGGCUCCGGGGGCGAACCCCCAGCCGCAAGGUAAGAAAAAAUGUUCUGGCAGUGGAGCGGAUGGAGAUUAUCAACUUGUACAACAUGAGGUGCUCUAUUCGAUGGCAAAUCAGUAUGAAGUUCUUGAGUUUCUUGGACGGGGAACUUUUGGACAAGUUGUUAAGUGUUGGAAAAAGGGCACCAAUGAAAUUGUCGCGAUUAAAAUACUCAAAAAUCAUCCUUCGUACGCCAGACAGGGUCAAAUCGAAGUCAGCAUUUUGUCGCGUUUGAGUCAAGAAAAUGCAGACGAAUUUAAUUUCGUCCGCGCUUACGAGUGCUUCCAACACAAGAACCAUACUUGUCUCGUGUUCGAAAUGCUCGAACAGAACCUCUACGAUUUUCUCAAGCAGAAUAAAUUCAGCCCCCUGCCACUGAAAUACAUCCGGCCUAUCUUACAACAGGUGCUGACCGCAUUGCUAAAAUUAAAGCAACUCGGCUUGAUCCACGCCGAUCUCAAGCCGGAGAACAUCAUGUUGGUGGAUCCGGUCCGUCAACCAUACCGCGUCAAGGUCAUCGAUUUUGGCAGCGCAAGUCACGUGAGCAAAGCUGUGUGCAACACUUAUUUGCAAUCACGUUAUUAUCGUGCCCCCGAAAUUAUUCUCGGUUUGCCGUUUUGCGAAGCUAUCGAUAUGUGGUCGCUCGGUUGCGUCGUCGCCGAAUUGUUUCUAGGAUGGCCGCUGUAUCCAGGAUCGUCUGAGUACGAUCAAAUAAGGUACAUAAGUCAAACGCAGGGAUUACCGACCGAACAUAUGUUGAACAAUGCGUCGAAAACGACGAAAUUUUUCUAUCGCGACAUGGAUAGUACGUAUCCAUUUUGGAGAUUGAAGACCCCGGAAGAACACGAAGCUGAAACGGGGAUCAAGUCGAAAGAGGCGAGAAAGUAUAUUUUUAAUUGUUUGGACGAUAUAGGACAAGUUAAUGUGCCCACGGAUCUGGAAGGGGGGCAAUUGUUGGCCGAGAAGGUGGACAGGAAGGAGUUUAUCGAUCUGCUGAAGAGGAUGUUAACGAUGGACCAGGUAGAGCGACGAACGACUCCUGGCGAAGCUUUAAAUCAUCCUUUCGUCCGAUUGGCUCAUUUGGUUGAUUAUGCGCAUUGUAAUAAUGUCAAGGCUAGUGUUCAAAUGAUGGAAGUUUGUCGUCGUAACGAUUACAAUAGCACGGCUUCCGGGUCGCAUCAUCAACCAACACAACAAGCGACAUCUCUCGUCAAUUUCGUGCCGGGUUCAAACGGCAACGUCACAUUCACAAUAAACAACCAAUUGACCAAUCAAGUACAGAGACUAGUCCGAGAUAGGUCCGGUUACGAUAAUCUUUACCAAAUAUAUAACGGCCGUACCGUUGGUCGUCAAUACACCACUGGCAGCCGGGCCGAUCCUUUCCAACACCAACUCGUAUCAAGCAUUUUAUGUCCCGGCUACCAAGGCAUGGGCGGUUCGCCCGCCAAACACGUGGCGGUGGUCCAACAGCCACCUUUACAAAUCCAACAGCCGAUUUUCAGUCAACCAGGGCAACAACAGUACGUCCCAGUGAGCGUCGUCGAGCCCACUGGAAGACAAAUGCUGCUAACCAAUGCGGUGCAGACGUCAUGGCCAACAAAUCGGCAACAAAUGGCUAUCGUCCCAUCAUGGCAACAAAUACCACAACAUGCCGCUAUACAACAACCGCUUUUAUCUGAGGCUGAAUGGGGAAGGCCGCUUUUGGUCGAUUCGUCGGCCAUUUUGCAAGAACAACGGCCUGUUUUACCGGUAGAUGUUGCGACGGAAGUUUACAAUUCGGCCAUUGUCGAUCAUACGGGAAGCACGUGGGGUACGAGUAAAAGGAGUUCGAAGAAUCAUCAUAUGCAACAGUCGAAUUCGCAUCAUAGUCAUCAUCAUUUAAUGGUGCCAACGCAUCAUAGGUCGCAACAUGAAAAGAAAGAACAGACGCAGUUGAGUCCGGUGAAGAAGAGAGUGAAGGAAAGUACACCGCCUUCAGAACAGAUCAAUUAUAAUCGAAGGAAUCAUAGUCCGAACUCGUGGCAACAAGUAAAUUCUCACGAUCAUCAUUUGCAAACGCAUGGGAGACAACAUACGAUCACUAUAAACGAUACACCGUCACCGGCCGUUUCCGUUAUCACUAUAAGUGAUAGUGAAGAUGAAGGAACGUCGGGGAAAAAAUCGAAUCGGGUCAAUAGUAACGUCAGCAAUAGGAAAAAUGUCAUCAGUUGUGUUUCGGUACCAGAUAGUGAUAAUGAAGAUCGAAGUUCGUCAAAGCAUCGUCAGUCCCAGACUUACCAACAGCAAUUGAUCAAAAACGAGCCAACUCCGACCACGAAUUACGCCUCUGUCUCGCAGAAAAAACGUCUUUUAGCAAAAGCCCAAUCCGAGUGUAUGCUCAACGUGCCUACCAAGCAAGAGCCGGGAAUUGAAUAUCACCGAUCGAACGAUUACAACAUGUCGCAGCAAUCACAUUGCAGUUCGGCGUGUAAAGAACCGAUUCAAGGUUAUUACGGUAACGGUUCAAGUCAAGACCAUCAGGUGGUGUACACGUCGAGUGAUAAGAGAGUGUCGUGGGCGCCUCCUGUCGCACAUAAUCCGAGUUCGCACGGAGGACACAGGAGACAUUCGGCGGUGCCUGUUGUGAGUUUGAGGGAGUAUAAUAUACCUACUCAGACUCAUAAAGAGUAUAUUCAGCCGCCUGCGGCGCACACGACGAGAGAUAAUCUGGCCGUAGCAAGGGAACAACAUCUGUUGGCGCCGGGGAAGAGUUGGGGACCGCCACAAGCGAUACAUCAGAGUUAUAGACACAGCAAUGCUCACCUAUCGCCCCAGCCACUCGCUGGUGCUCCCCGAUUAUCACCGCAACAUCCACUGGCCGCAGCUGGUCAGCCUCUUUACCAUCAGACCGAAUUGUAUCGUAGGCCUGUCUAUGUAACUACAGCACAACCGGCUUAUCUCUCAGCCACCCAUCAAGUGGCACCAACAGGUCGCGCCCUGCCGCCUCCUCCAGCUCAUCAUUCAAGCGCUCGUCCAGUUCUAGCAAGCCACACCAGUCAUCCAUUGCCAGCUCAUCUACAAUUUCCGUCGCAAGUUGCGGCCGCUUCAUACGGAUUCGCUCCCUUAAGUCCCGCUAAAAGUCAUCAAUACCAACCAGCAAGCUUGUGGUUUGCCGAAUAAGCCUCAAAGCGUAAAUUUGUCAUUAGUUUUAAACGUUAUCGGUUUGAGGUAAUAUUGCAUAGUUUCUAAUUUGUCAUUUUUUAGUGUUUUUGGUAGGUUGUAGCGGUUUUAAUAUGCAAUGUUAUCUUUUUGUUUUAAGUGUUUUUGUGCAAUUUUUAUUCUCAAUUAUUCAGGUAUAUUAACGCUAAGUUGUAAUCAAUUUCGUAGAGGUUACACGUUAUAGGUUUUUCACUCAUUUUUUUUAAUUUCUAGUAUUAUAAAAGGUAUACUUUUUUCUUCGUUUUAAGGGCAUACACUAGCUUUAAUUUAUUAUUUUUUAUUCAAUGCGUGAAGUGAUUAAUACAAUAUGUAUAUACUAGCAAAAAAAUCAUUUGGAUUUAAAAAAAUAAAAAGAAAACAAGUAACUUAUUAGAAUAGUAUUUUCAUGCAGAGGUAAUGUCCAAUUUCUGUUAAUUUAUUGCAUAAAAUCAUUCAAACUGCCUUCAUAUCAAAAUGAAUAGUUGAAGCAUUUUGUCAUGUUAGUCAAUUAGUUAUUUACUUUGUUAUUAGUUUGUAUAUAUUUGUUUGGACUUUGAUUUAAUUCCAUGGAGCCGAAGCGGCGUUCGAUCCGACCUAAUGGAAUUACUUAAAGGACAUAGUUGUUACUAAGUUUAUGUGCAUUUUAUUGUAUAUUUAUUAUAAUUAUUUUAAUGCUUAUUAAGGUUUUGUUUUCUGUCAGAAUGUGGUAGAUUCACAUUUAUUUGAUACGCUUUGUUUUGCUACUUUAGGUGUGGGAAAGCUUCGUUAAGCUUGAAAAUCGUGUCAAGUGAUUUUCUUACACGUGACACAAAUUCCAAAAAUUCACUAAAAAAUUUACUAGUCAUUUGUGUUUUGAAGCGGGUUUUUGUGUGACGUUUAAGAAUAAUCAAAAAUUCUAUUGGUAUGUUAAUAAAAACAAUUGAUGUGCCUGUUAAUAUUAUGUAUGACCCUCUUGGACGUAUACUCUAUGUUUGACGUUUCAGAAAAAAACAAAAAAAAUUAACAGUGUGCACUAGCUGUCUUAAUGUUUUUUCAACAGGGAUUGACGUCAAUAGAGUUGCGGCAUAUAUAGUUGUGAUAUUUAAUAAAUCAUUUUAAUUGUAUAUAACGUAUAAUUGCCUAAAUGUAGAGUGGAAAUUCGUAAAAAAUACUUUUUUUUGGUUAGGGUAAUAGUUUUUACGGGUUUCGGCAUAUUUUAUUUAGACUAGAGUACGAUACCUAUAACUCUAGAUGGUAGAGUAUUAAUGGUAGUUGUACAAAUAAAUAAUAUUUUUGGAUUGUGUAGACUUAGAUUUGGGUAAUGUUCAAUAAUAAUCAGGUGUUUUUUUUUUUGCGUAGAUUUUUCUUCAUGCAUGUCGAUGUUUUCAGUCUUUCAGUUCCUUGACAUCGCCGCCUUUUUGUUAUUUUUUGACAAGUGUGUACUGUGAUGAAAAAAGUUUCUCGACUUGUGUAGGUAUCACUCUUUCUAUUCCACUUUCGUAGUUGGUUUUGAGACUUUAUAAUGCCUUAUUCUCAGAACAAUAUUAUAGUAACUCGCAGAAUAUUUUUAAAAAUCUCAGACGAAAUAUAGUGGACAAAUAAAAAUUUGUUUGUUGUAAAUAAUUAUUGAUAUUAUGUGAUACCGGCAUGUUUAGCGAUGAUGUUCACUUUUUCUCUGAGUUUGUAAUUGCUUCUCGUUUCUAAUAAUGCACAGGGUGAAAUGUUUAUACUAAAAAAUGAAAUAACACAGCGAAUUAGUGUAGUCUCGUAGCAAUUGCCAAAUUUUUCCAUUUGAUGUAUGAUAAUCAUCGAAUUUGCUUUCAGUUUAUUUCAAUUUUGUUUAAAGACUGGCCUAUCUGUAUAACUGUUAGUUUGCAUAUUUCUGCAGUAUUAUAAUCUUUCAGCUUUAGUUGUACAUAAUAUGCUUUUAAUAUGCAAGUAAUGCAUUUUUAUCCUAUGUAAUUGGUACAAGUUUAGUUUUAAUCCCUUUGACUAUUUUGUAUUCGCUCCUUUCUAAACAUAUAAAAUCGGUCCCAGGUUGUUAUGGACAGACGAAAAAUCAUUCGGUAUUUUUAGUGCUAGAUAACACUCAACUAGCAACUAUUUGGAAUAAACUCUGUCGGCAAUUUGGAACCAAUAAUACCUGUAUGUUAUCGUAAAUUAUGCCACAAUGAUGCGAUUUAAUGUAUUGUGAAUCGUUCUGUGUAAUAUCAAAAUGCAAAAAAGCACAAUAAUUCAAAUUACCUCAAUUAAAACUAACAGAUCUCUCUAUAGAAUUGAUUAAAAUACAUUGAAUUGUGUUAUUACUCAUAUAUCUGGCUUAUAAUUGGGUUGGUUUAUUUUUUAUAUUAGUUACCACAUAUUUAUGUAUAGAAACGCUUAAACUGGUUGUAGUUUUUCUCAUUCUGUUUUGCGAUUAGAUCAAAUUUUAUAAUAUCAAAAUGUAAUCACUUCCGAUCUGAUAUGUAAUAAACUAUUUAAGAUUUUUACUAAUGAUCUAAAGGCUGCACUACAGAAUAGAAUCAAAGAAAAAUCGGUAAAGUGUCUCUCGGCGUUUCAAGUAUCCCAAAAUUCAAAUUCGAAACGACCGUUUGACAAUUUUCCGGUUUUUCUUUUGUAGAUUUACUAUAUUAUUAGUGUUACACAAGACUGGUGUAGUUUGAUGUCAAUAUAUAGCGAAAUUAGAGGUGUACGCACCGAAAUUUAUAUGGUGAUAGGCUGUCGUAGUGAGUUAAUCUUAAUGUAUAUUGUUAAUUAACUAACUAACGUAACCAUUUGUAUAUGGAAUGUCGGAUUUUUUUGGUGUUUAUUUUUUUAUCGUAAUGUCCCUUAGUAAAUUUCAGCUAUUUGCGCCGCAUACAAAUACAAAAUGAUGAAUAGUACAAAAACAUGUUGCAUUGUUUAAAUAAUAGAUGUAUAUUUAUGACGUGUAUAUAGGUUGUAUAAAUUCUAGAAAAGUCAGGUAACGAAAUAUACGUUCUCAAUAACUAUAUUUGGAUUUGAAUUCAAAUAUAGUUGUUGAGUGCGUAUGUUACUUCAUUUCCGUUUCAUGUUUGGUACUAGUAAAUCCUGUGAUUUAAAAUUUUUUUGACAGGUGGAAAUGGCGGAAGUUUGUUGGGGGAAUUACUCUUAAUAUAAGCAUGGGUGAUUUAUAUUUAUUUAAGUACAAAAAUGUAUAAGAUGGUUACAGUUUUACUAAAAAAAAACCUACUAAAAUUUAACACUGCUGUUUUUUAUCUCAAAAAUAAUUAGAUUUCGGUGAUGUAGUGUAUGUCAGUCAUAAUACCUACUCUAGCUGUUUUUCAACUGUAAUGUUGCACUUGAUAAUUCCUGUAAUUCUUAGACAAUCCCAUAAGGAAUUUAUUUCAAAGUUAUUUUUUCGAAACUUGUGAAAUUUGUAAGCUUAAAUGCAACUUUUAAACUAUACUAACUAGAUAAAAUUUAGAAGAAAUGUAUAUUAGGAAAAUUGGUCCUACGAGAAAAAAAUCUGUUGUAUACUGCUAAUGGAAUAAUUUAAUAGUAUAGUAACCGACAUAUCAUUUGUAUUUAUUUCUCCGACUUGUCAUUUAUUUUCGAAUUUUGGUUGAUUUGAAACUGUGGUAUUUGGAAACAUUAGCAGGGUACAUGACUUUUGUGAUUAUUUGUGACGUCCAUAUUUUCUGAAUUCCCGUUUUUAUUUUGUUUGGGGUGAAUUCAGAACUAUGUUACUAAAUUCUUGACUGCACAUACUGACUGCAUUAAGUAACCUGCCACAACCAUGUUAGUUGGACCAAAAUAUUUAAAAAAUCACAUUUUCAUGUUCGUACAAGUUAUCAAUGUUCUUAUAAAAAAUAAAAUAGAUAUUAAUGUGACUUUGGCCUGAAACCGUUUGUAAACUUUAUGUAACAUAGGGAUAUCUGCAUGUAACAUAGAUUUAUAAUUGUAAAGCUUGCAUAGGAUUUAUUAAAUAUUUUAGUAUGUUUUUCUCUAUAUUUGAACUAAAUGUUGCCUUUUUGUCAGAAAAAUGUACAACAUCUAUGCUGAUGUAGCGGCACCACGAGAGGUGCUUUUGGCAUUAAUAAACAGUCUAUCCAAGG